GUUGUGAUGAAUUCUCAGCCAUGUAUUUUGUAUUUAUUCCCUUCCAAGGUGGAGAAAUGUGCAUGCACGGAGGACGAGGAGACUGGAAUUAAGCACAGGAGAGAAAAAAUGCCGAAGAUGAGACAAUAAAAAGCUAGUUUUGGGGCCUGUGCAAACUUCCCACGGAGGCAGUUGGAUGUGCACAUCGACGUGGCCACGAUGACAAUGAAAGGUCUGUCCAGCAGCCGUAGUCACCACCACACGGUGACCUGCGACCCCACUUACGACUCCAUGACCCUGGGGCACUUGGAUCGCCGAUCCUACUUCCUCAACCCUGGGGAGGCUCAUCCUGCUGACCACCCCUGCUAUACCCAGCGCAACUCCUUCCAGUCCGAGUGCAGUGCCUACCCUGAUCUGGCCAGCUGCACCUUCCCUCGCAGACAUUACAGCUCUCACCAUGAGCUGAAGGAGGAGUGUGGCGCUGUGGUGCCUUAUACAGGGCCAACAGGGACCAUUAAGGGAAGUGGAGGAGGUGGUGGAAACAACAAUCGAAUCCCUUCUAACCUGCUAGAGCAGUUUGAGCGGCAGGCACCGGUGCAGCGUGAAGGCUACCACACACUGCAGUACAAGCGCACUGCAGUAGAACAUCAACGUAGUGACAGCCCUGGCCGAAUCCGCCACCUUGUUCACUCUGUUCAGAAGCUUUUCACCAAGUCCCACUCCCUGGAGGGGCCUUCAGGGUCUGGUGGAGGAGGGAGCGGGAGGAUGAAUGGCAGCAAAUCCAGUCCUGAUGACCCGCCUUCCUCUUCUGGCACCCUGAAGCACAGUAAGCGCAGUAAGAGCAAAGACCGCUCCAAGUCAGAGCCUAAGAUGCGCACUGCCAUCUCAGGCUACUGGAGCUCGGAUGACAUGCUCGACAGGGAGAUGUGCCUCUACCACCAUCACCACGGGGGCAGCAGUGGAGGCAUGCCUUCUGGGGUCAUGACCAUGGGGCGCCAUCCGGAAAAAUCGCAGUCGCAGUACUUCAUGGAGUCCUACAACACGAUCAGCGCACACUCUCUCAAGACAUCACGCAGCAACAACGAUGUGAAGUGCUCAACAUGCUCUGGGGGCAGCAGCGGGGGUAUACCACUGGUGGGCGCCCUGGAUGGCCAAAUGCAGAUGAAGAAAAGCUCUUGGUCUUCCACUCUGACGGUGAGCAGAGCAAGAGAGGUCUACCAGAAGGCCUCAGUCAACCUAGAUAAAGCUCUAGUGAAAGCUGAGCAGGGGCGCACCUGCCACUUCCUACAGGUGCCUCAGGACGACUGGAGCGGUUUCUCUCCAUUGGGAAAGGAUGAUGAGAUCCCAUGCCGGCGGAUGCGCAGUGGCAGCUACAUCAAGGCCAUGGCAGAGGAAGACAGCGGCGACUCAGACUACAGCCCCAAACCCUCACCGAAGGUCCAGGCACGACGUGCCAGCUACCUGAAGGCCACACAGCCGUCCCUCACAGAGAUGACCACGCUCAAAAUUUCCACAGAGCACUCGCCCAAGCUACAGAUUCGGAGUCACAGCUAUCUGCGGGCGGUGAGUGAGGUUUCCAUCAAUAGGAGUUUGGACAGCUUGGACCCGGCAGGGCUGCUGGCCUCACCUAAAUUCCGCUCGCGAAACGAGAGCUACAUGAGAGCCAUGAGCACCAUCAGCCAGGUGAGCGAGGUGGAGGUGAACGGGCAGAUUGAGGCGGUGUGUGAGUCUGUGUUCAGUGAGAUGGAGUCGCAGGCGGUGGAUGCCCUGGACCUGCCCAUGCCCGGCUGCUUCCGUAUGCGGAGCCACAGCUACGUACGUGCCAUAGAGAAAGGCUGCUCGCAGGAUGAGGAAGAGGGACGCACCACAGUGGGCAACAGGAGGACCAAUUCACCCCCACGUACCACCACCACUGUCAGAACCAUCCAGAGCAGCACAGUGUCAUCAUGCAUCACAACUUACAAGAAGACGCCUCCCCCAGUCCCACCACGGACCACACCGUCCAAACCCUUCAUAUCCAUCACAGCCCAGAGCAGCACCGAGUCUGCCCAGGAUGCCUACAUGGAUGGGGGCUCUGGCACGCGGACAGGCAUCAGCUCCCAGCCAGGCCUGUCCAACUCCACGGAGAGCAUCGACAGCAUGAAGGCUCUGACAGCAGCCAUAGAGGCGGCUAACGCUCAGGUGCAUGGCCCCGCCAGCCAGCACGUCACCAAUAGCACCAUUACCAUCACUGCCACCGCCACCACCUCUGCCGUCGCCCAUGUUUCUGCAGACAGCAAGGCGAAGAGGGAAGAGCUCCGCAAGUGCCUCUCCAUAGGGAUCCAGGUGGACCCAGAGGAAGGAGGGCUGACAGAGGAGCAGUCUAAAUUCCAGUCAAUAGGAAUUCAGGUGGAGGAUGAGCGAUGUUACCGCAGGAUGACCCGCUCCAAUAGCGUAACCACGGCCGUGCAGGCUGACCUAGACGACCCCACGGACGCCCCAGAGCUCCCACCACGUCACUUUGCCACCAUGCCCCGCCAGCACUCCCGCGAUGCUGCUACUUCUACCGUCAGCAUCCAGGGCUCGGGGAACCACUACCACGCCUGUGCCGCUGAUGACUAUGGGGACGUGGGGUUCGACCCUUCGAUCCUGCCACCUCCAGACCCAUGGAUGGACAGCGUGGCCGAGCCAGAGGUGGGGGCUCUGGAGGCUGUUGGACGAUCGGUGUGCCCCCGUGAUGGCCGCUGGUUCCUCAAGUUGCUGCAGGCCGAGACAGAGCGCAUGGAGGGCUGGUGUAGGCAGAUGGAGCAGGAUGAGAUGGAGAAUGAGCUGCCUGAUGAGAUCCUGGGGAAGAUCCGCAGUGCAGUGGGGAGUGCCCAGCUGCUGAUGUCCCAGAAGUUCCAGCAGUUCCGGGAGCUGUGUGAGGAGAAUCUGAACCCAAAUGCACACCCACGGCCCAUCUCCCAGGACCUGGCUGGUUUCUGGGACAUGCUGCAGCUAUCUAUCGAGAACAUUAGCCUGAAGUUUGAUGAGCUCCACCAACUCAAAGCCAACAACUGGAAACCUCUGACCCCACCAGAAAUUCAGGAGAGAAGGAUGCCUCCUCCCGUGCCAAAGAAGCCCCAGAAGGGCCACCCUCACCUGGCUAGGGACCGCUCGCUGGAGAGCUCUGAGCGCCAGCGUCUGGAGGCUCGCAAACGCCUGCUAGCUGCCAAACGUGCCGCGUCGGUUCGGCAGAGCUCUGCUACAGAGAGUGCAGACAGUAUCGAGAUCUAUAUCCCCGAGGCUCAGACCAGACUAUGAGACACGCAAACACAUGUACCUACGCACAUGCCUAAUACACUGUUCCAUUUACACAAUAGCACUGAAUGGUAAGGCUAGGGUGCUAGCAUAAUCACAUUUUUUGUAGACUUCCCAUGAUCACUGUGGGGUCAGUCACGAUGAAAGUUGUUUGAACAAGAAAUGUACAUUUACAGUAUUUUAUUUAUUUAUUUAUUUAUCACCUAGUCACCCCUUCGUUUCCUUCUCCCAGCUUCGAUGUAGCAGUCCCUCCUCUUCCUGUAACUCCACCCGCCCCUCACUCUCAAAAAAGUAUCUUACAAAUCCCUUUUUUUUAAAGUGGCCUAAUAUUACAAAGUAAGCCAGGUGUAGCACCAGCACUGAUGCUUUACGUUAAUGUGUUUCAGGUGCUGAGAAUCAGAGGGAACAGAGAGGGAGCAUGCAUGUGCAUGUGGAGUGUGUGUAUGUACAUACAUGCAGACACACACAAGUGAUGUAUUUGAUCUGAUCUGCUCAGAUCAAAUACAUCAAAUCAAAUGGAGAGACCAGACCUAUUCACUCAUAUUUGAUUUUAUUUGUAUAAAAUCCUAUGAUUUCUGAAAAUACUAUAAUAUAUAUAUAUAGUUUUUGAUUCGUAUAAUGAGGGCAAACAUUAGUGUCAAUUAGUUCAACACUAUGUCUGAAAAUGGGUCUUUUCCAGCAGCAGGAGGCCAAGCCUAUAGGAAAGAUCAAGAGGUCAGAUUUUGCUCCUCCAGGUGAGGCAAAGUGGCUAUUGAGCCAGGAGCAGAUUUUGGGUUUGCAGUUCACUAAAGAAAUCACUGUUCGAAAAUGCCACAAACCUAAUCUGUGUGUGUGUGAGUGGAAGAAAGAGCAUGUGUGUGUGUGUUAUUUCAAAAGUGCUUCCUAUUUUUCAAGGUCUAAAGGGUCCUUGUUGUAAUUGAAGAUUAAGGUAGCAGUAUCAACAAACUGUAAACAAACCACCCGUCUUGUCUCAUUUUAAACUGAGCAAAACACGUUUGUAUAAAGAACACACAGUAUAAUGAUAUGACAUGCAUGCUGACACAAGGUUACUGAUAUUUUUUGUCUUUUCUAAACAGAUUUAAUUCUUUCUCAUGUUGCGUUCAAACUCUUCUGUGUAACAGAUAAUGCUAAAAUACUGAUAUUUGGUACAAUACUGGUAGUUGUACUAUAUUUUAUUAUGUCAUUUUUAGAAAAGAGAGGUUUAUUGACAGUAUUGAGACUAAAGUGUGAGAAAGAGUGAAAAGGGACUAUUUUCUCCUCACUGUGUGUGCACUAUCUCCGCCUUCAAAUGAAGCAAUUAUUUGAAGGCCAUACAAAAAAAUCAGAUUUGUAAUAUUUUGUAUUCAUGUUUAAUUUAUUGAUUAGGAGAACAAUGACUGUUUAUUGACAUUGUGAUUAUUAUUAUGCACUGACAACAAGGCCCUUAUACUGUGUUAAUGUUUUAUUUAUGACUUUUGCAUGACAGGCACCUGUUUUUUUGUCUUUUCUGUUUCAGUGAUCAGCCUUAAUUUCUAAUAUGAUAGUCGAGCACAACAGCAGUCUCAGGGGAAGAUGUUUGUGUAUGUGUGAGAGAGAGAGAGAGAAAGUGUGUGUGUGUGUGUGUGUGUGUGUGUGUGUGUGUGUGUGUGUGUGUGUGUGUGUGUGUGUGUGUGUGUGUGUGACCCAUGGCUUUGUAUCUUACUGUAUAUAACCCCAGCCACAAGGAUAGGCCAUGAUCUUAAACAAGGGAAUAAUAUACAUGCCAUCUUUUUUGAAUGAUGAUUUCCUAAUGAGUGUCUCAGCCCUAAUUACUUCAAUGUAACAUGGUAUUUUUUGUCAGCUGCUUGAAUGUUGAGACAAUCCUGAACUGGUUUACCAUCACAUUAUUGUUUUGAUAACAGAAUAGCAGGACUUUGGUGUGUAAUCCAAUUCUCUGUAUUGAUUGAAGUUUUUGUGCCAUUUGAAAAUUAUAGGUCAGGAUAUAUUCCUGCUAUUUGUCCCUAUUGAACAGCUACCUGAAACUUUCAUUGAGAGACGUUUGUGAUGGAGCUCAAGUGAUGAAGUAACCAUACAGUAUGAUUUAUAUUUACUUUAGUUGGUCAAUUUGAAUAUUAGAGAGGAUAUUUAUAUUGAGUUACAAUAGUUCAAACUUACCGCCAUUUUAUGUAGAUGAAGUUCAUUUUAGUAUUUUUUACUUUGGAACUUGUAUUUGAAUUGAAAUGUCUGUCAAAUGAUUGACUUCUUAUUUAUGUUUAUUAUAUUAACAUAUCAGUAUAAUACUCCUGAUAUAGCAGGGAGUUAGAAAUCAGAAUGUUGGAUUGUGGUUAAUUGCUAAACUCAAAAGACACUGCAGCAAUCCUGGCAAUUCUGAAGCUUGUGAUGUAGUUACAUUAAGAGAAAAACAUUCAAAUAAACAUUUGUACAUAAAUGAAUGUUUCCCUAUGUAAAUGUAAACAAAAAAAACAACAAAUAACAUAUUAAGCAGAUAUACAUUUUGUAAUUAAUGUUAUUACACUGUUGAUGUUAUGGCACGUGUAUGAGCUCUUAUCAGCAUUAAAUAUAUAUCAUUGCCAUCA